AAAAAGAAUCAUGCUCAGUCUCCUCUCCCUUCUCCGUCUCUCCCCCAUUCGUCCGCCAUGGCAUCCUUCAUCGCGUUCACCGUUUUCUUCGGCUUCAACGCCGUCCUCUGCUGCCUCCAACUCCCCACCAUGACCACGACCACGGCCCAGGCUUCGCAGCAGUCGCAGAGUGGCCUCGCGCUCGUGCUGCGCCUGGCCGCGGCCGCUCUCGUCCCGGCGGUCCUGGCCACGCUCACGCUCACUCCGCUGCUCACGUUCGCGCACGUUAUGGAGCUCGCCCGUGCCAAGGCGGCGGGCAACGGCGGUGCCGCGGCACGUCUCGUCGUGGCGGGGCUUGCCAGGGCGACCCUCCUCGCGGCGACGGCGGCUCUCCUCGCGGGCGCCGUGGUGCAGCUCGGCGCCGACGGCCACCUCGAUCGCGGGCGCGGCGACGUCGCGCGCCUCAACAUCAAGUGAAGUAAGAACCGAUCCCCCCUUCUCCCGACUAGAAAAAAGCAACCUGGACCAAGUGGGGUUGCAGGCUUGGCUUGCGGCGGCACGGCACGGCACGCCGUGGUGCUGCUGCCGGACUCGCAGCCAGGCCGGCCAGGCAUGUGGAUCUCGCAGGCGGCAGGUCCGAUGCUGCUCUGUUUGUUGCAGCUCAGCGCGCGCGCCUGAGUGUCUGAAGAAGGGGACGGGUUCUUGGAUGUAUCUAUGAUAAAAAUGUUUGAUGCUCCCGUGCAAGUAAAAAGAGGAUACUCUCUACGUACUAGUACUUCAUUUGAUCCUCGAUGAUUGUUGCCGUACUACUGCUUUUCGUUUGUGGGGAACACUAGUAAUUUGUAUUUAUAUUUGUAUUUGUAUUUGUAUUUGUAUUUGUAUGAUCCAAGGAUCUCUUGGACGCUCUUGUAAAAUACUACAGUACAGUAUUUCAGUUAUGUUCUUGUAUGCUACAGAUGCUAUUUGUGAUUUGGAUU